UGCCAGGCCUGUGCCAGGGGGUUCCUGCUGCGGAGGCGGCUCCGGAGCCUGCGGGAAGAGUUCGAGGCCGUGGUGCUGGAGAUCGAGGGGGACCUGGGGCAGCUGCGCUGGACCGGCCGCGUUCUGCAGCGGCCGCGCUUCGGGCCUGAGCCCUCCCCAGGGAAGCCCUUGGAUCCAGGGGAGCCUGCAGAGAAUGAAACCAUUCCCAAAAAAAUCCCGGAGAAGCCGGAUCCCCCUGGAGCAGAGCGGUCUGGGAGCUGUGGGAACAUCCCCCCCUCAGCCCCUCUGCCCAGGGGGACAACCCCAAAACCCCCAAAUUUGGGGUCUGGUGCUGCUAAAAACCUGGAAAAGGAGGGAAGAGCCCUGGCAGGGAGCCAGGAGUGGGACAACGACAGCGUGGCCUCGGAAUGGGACAGCAGCGACCUCGGAGCCAGCCCAGAAAUCCCAGCGGAUCUGCAGGGCCUUCCGCGCUCGGAGCUGCAAUCCCACAGGAACCAUCUCCUGAUGGAGCUGCUGUGGAUCCAACAGGCCAUUGCCAGCAGGAAACAUUUCCUGAUGCUGAAACGGAAGCUGGGAAUUCCCGACCACUCCAGAAACAUUCCCGAGUUCCUGGAUUGGUUUGGAGAAGCCCUGGAGCUGCAGCACCAGUCCUGAUGUGACAGUGACAGCACAGGGAGCUCCAGCUCCGUGGGAGGUUUUUCACUCCGGAAAAACGUGGGAAGAAAAACUUUUUGUGGAUAUUUGGUCCAAGCAGGAUUAAACAUCAUCAAGGGGUUGUGGAGUGUCCUGGAGGGAUCCAUCCCAUGGGAUCCUUGUUUUUCUUACCUGAGCUGGAUGAUCCAAGUGGGAAAUGGAGGAUUUUCACUUCCAGCAGGUGCUUUUGGUGCUGUUGUGGACCUGGAACGGCUGAAGGCAGCAGGGACCUGCAGGAAUGUGCUCUUCCCACAAAACUGUGUGGAAUUCCAUGUGGGAAUCUGUGUUUGGGAUGGCCCUGCAAUAUCCAGGAUCUCCAAGUGGUGGAGUUUUGGGAACACUGAAGUGCUGAGUGGGGAGGAGAUCCCUGACUGUGCUGUGUGGGUAGGGAGGGAGCCCCAUCCCCCUGAUCCUUGGGAUGAGGCUCAUUCCUGCCUUUCCUCUGGCUCUGGGAAUUUUCUCCUGGGGCAGAGCCAGGAAAGGACCUGGUGCUUUGUCAAUUCCUUCAGCUCAGGGAUGUUCCAGGUCCCUCAAAAAGGGACUUUCCACGUGGUGCUGUGGUUCCCUGACCCCUGUGUGGACACUCCAGAUGUGGAUCCUUCUGUUCUGGAAUUAUUUCUACUCUUUGGGAA